UGUUGUUCUCCUUCUGAUUCUGUAUAUAUCUAAUCUAUUUUUCUUGAAAAAACCGCAUAUUGCCAUCACUGGCUCUUAUUACCAAAAAUGGCUGUUUCAAUAUCCUCCCUUCAAGCAGCUCUACAACAGGUGCUGACUCCCAUCCACCUCCGAUAUUUCCCUUUUCCACUUCUAGACCUGUAUGGCGCAAUGCGUCUUUCCAGUGUUGUCAACUGGAUGGCUAGCGGAGUAUUUGACCCACCGUCCCCAUCCAGCAACAGAGCCGAAAAGGGAAAAAAAGACAAAGCCUUGGGUGUGAACAAAGAGAGAGCCACAGCCUUGCAGGAAGUCUUCGGUAUCCUAGUUGUCGUUUUUGGCGGAGAGACUUUCUUAGGUACGAGUAACUGUGAUCGGAUAAGUAGAAUAUGUAUGGCUGAUUCUGGCUAUUAUGCCCCGUGGGCAGCUUUAUGUACCAACUCCACGCCUUCAUGGCUUGUCAACCCGUCAGUUGCGUUGCUCUUCGGACUUACACACGUUAUUCAGACCCGUACUCCUAUUCGUCGUAUGCUUCCAGCUAAGCCAUCGCUUGCGUUGGAACUUUUCCUCGCACUUCCUGAUGCUAUCGGACGUACUCUACUUCUCACUCGAUUCUCCGUCCUCCCUCUUUUACACUCUUCAUCUUCCAACACACUCCUCCCCACACCCAGCUCUUUGAUCUUGGUGCCUUUUAUUUUGGCAGUCCCAUUCGCCUCUCUCAUCUUCUCCGCUACUUCAUUCUUCUGUCCUCAACCUUAUCUCUCUACACCUAUGGAGCUCCGGCCUGGAGGUUGGAUGAUGGUGGAUGCAUGGGCGCCUGUGGUUAUCCCAGCCCUUUUCCUUACCCUUAUUGGGCCCGUUGAAGGAUGGCGUUUUGGGAUGGGGUGGGAAGAAGAUGAGAGUGUGAUAGUGUGUAUGAUUGCGAUGACAAUCAUCUUUGCGUUGAGGGCAAUCUACAACUUCGGGUACAAAAAGGAGUUGUGGUUGAACAUGCUUGGCUUGGAAGGGAAAAAGAAGACUGAGUAAAUGGUUCUUAUCACGGUUACUUAAAAGUGUAAACGGUACAUACUGAGGUAAGAUGAAUUGCUUUG